AUGUUAUUGAUUAUGAAGAGACCGAAAUACCGUUCUCUGCUUCGCAUCUUUCCAUCCUCCUUCAUCAUGUCCGAAAGUUGGAGGGCAUUUAAAAUCAACAGAGACGUAGAAUUCCCGAGCUAUAUCCAACCUGAUGUCAAGAAAAGAAUCACCAGAAAGGCAGUGACAUCCAUGGGGAACCUCCUACAUUUAUUCCAAGUGCCAAAAGGUCUCGGGUCGCUGGGGCAAAAAGAGCUUGUGGCAGCAUUUCUCGACUUCCUUCUUCAACUGUUGCAUCACAAGACCCGUGCCAUGCUCUCAUUUAUCGACCAAGUCGAAUUUCUCGAGAAGGAGCUCAAGUUCCUUGUUAUGGUUCUCGGUGACACGCCGUUGGUGACGCCCGAUUCCGAAAGAGCCGAUGCUCUAAUCUUAGAGUGCGAGGCCGCGGCAAGUGAUGCUGGAAAGGUGGUUCAUUCCUUGGUCUUUCUCCCGGAUCAAAUAUGCAAAUCAAGGAGGAUUGAUAGGGAGUUGGGCUCUCUUUUAAUACGUCUCGACCUCAUCAAUUCAGAAUUAGCCGAGCUGCUGAAUGUGCUUCCAUUUACGAGCCGUGCUCCGGAGAACGCCUCGGUUGACUCUCUGUUCAUUCUCGACUCCAUUGUUAAUGACCUCGAGGACGUGGUGAAAAGGGAAGGCGGCCUGGAGGUUGAUGCGAUGGUUGAAAUUGAGAAGCUCUAUCGGGGAUUGCUAAUGGUUUCCCAGCUCAAGUCCACAAAAUUGCCACCACAUACAGAGAGCCAAGAACUGAAACAUUUAGUUGCACGGAUUAGUGAUGUGGCGUACGAAGCUGAAUAUCUCGUCAAGUCAUUUCUGGCCGGGGACGUUCCUUUAUGGUAUCUCAGGGGCAGACUCAACCGUGUUACCUGUGAGAUCGAUAUCAUUGGGACUCUUCUUCAACAACUCGAGGAAAGUAGUCGUGGCAAUAGAGCCACAAAAGCUGCAGGUGAAGGGGGAUUAUUCACACAAGCUGACAAGACAGACAAUUUUGUGGUGGAUGAUGUCACGGUCGGUUUUGAGGAGAAUGCAAGGGAUAUUUUGGAUCGAGUGGACGGGCAAAAUGCGAAGCUCGAGUUCAUAUCCAUAUUUGGGAUGGCUGGAAUCGGCAAGACUACUUUCGCGAGGAAAUUAUACAAUCAUCCCUUGGUUCAACAUAGGUUUGACAAGCGCUCAUGGUGUGUCGUUUCCCAAACGUACGACACAAAACGCAUGUUGUGUGACAUUCUUAAUUCUUUACAAGGCAAGGCUACCAAAGAAAGUAUUUUUGUGGAGGAGGGGGAAGAUCUGGUGAAGAGAAUUUUCCAGAGUUUGAAGGGAAGAAAAUAUGUAAUCGUGCUGGAUGACAUAUGGGACUCCCGUGCAUGGGAUGCCUUGCGGGCAUGCUUUCCCGAUGAUGGGAAUGGAAGCCGGAUACUGUUCACGAGUAGGAAUAAAGAUGCAUUCCCACCUGAUACCAUCAUUUAUGCCCUUCCGCUUUUGUCAGACGGUCAAUGUUGGGAGCUUAUGGAGAAGAAGAUAUUCCGCGAUGAACCUUGCCCGAUGCACUUAACAAAAAUUGGAAAAGAGAUCGCAGCAAGUUGCGGUGGGCUACCACUUGCGGUGGUUGUAGUAGCCGGAACUCUUUCUGCUAUGGACAGGGAUGAAAAUGUGUGGAUAAAUAUGAGAACAAAUUUAGUCUUUUUCGGUGGAGACAAUUCGGCGAUGCCGAUAUUGGAACUCAGUUACAAGCAUCUGCCGCAACAUUUGAAACCCUGCUUUCUUUAUUUUGGAGUAUUUCCAGGAACAAAAGUUGGAGCUGGGGAGUUGAUGAGGCUGUGGAUUGCUGAGGGAUUCAUUCACAAGGAAGAGAAGAAGAGCAUUGAGAGUGUUGCUGAAGAAUAUUUGAAGGCGCUAAUUGAUAAGAGCCUUGUAAUGAUAGCGACCAGAAAGUCAGAUGGUGGAGUGAAAGCUUGCUUGAUUCAUGAUCUGUGGCGUGAGCUGUGCUUGAAAAUAUCCGCGGAGACAAAUUUUCUGAGAGCAGUGCACAGUAACUACUCAGUGUACGAGAAGGGACACCGCGUAGUAUCUUUUCAGUGUCCGCUAACUAAUUUCUUCAGCCACCGUAUUCGCUCCAUUCAUGGAUAUAGUACUUCGGAAUUUGAAUUUUAUCCUGGUGGCAUGAAAUUAAUGAGAGUUGUGAAUAUCAAAUGCACUAAGUACCCAUUGGUGGGAACCCAAUAUCUCGUCAACUUGAGAUACUUGGUCAUACACGAAGUGCCGGAAUCAAUAGGUAGCCUUGUGAAUCUUGAGCACCUGCGUGUAGCGAGUUUAUUCUCAAAUGUAGCAAAAGUAAUAACGUUACCCCCGGCAAUUUUUACAAUGGUCAAGUUGAGAUACCUUCACAUCUCUCCCUGGGCGUAUCUGGAGGGAAAAUGCCACGUCUCCUCAAUAUUAAACAACCUCAAGUUUCUUUCUGGAAUAAUUAUCAGCACACUCGAGGAUGAAAGGAUGUUGAUAAGUUGGUCCAAUCUGGUCAGGCUCAAGUGUACAUGUGGACCACUAUUUAAGGAGGAAAAUGGAGUGCAAAUGCAUCGGUAUCCUGAGCUGGGCUUUCUCCAUCAGCUUGAGACGCUCACCUUGACUAUUAUUUCUGACCGUUCUUAUCCCAUUAGGCACAUAAAUUUCCCCCAAAAUAUCAAAAGGCUCAACUUAUCGGGCACAAUGUACUGGCCCUGGGAAAAGAUGUCAACACUUGGAAGUCUGACCAAUCUAGAAGUUCUCAAGCUGCUUGGUCCUGUUUUCGAGGUAGGAAGUUGGGAAACGAGAGAUGGCGAGUUUCAAAAGCUCAGAUUCUUGAAGUUGUCCCGCGUCCGACUCCAGCAAUGGAACGUCUCAUCCAGCAGGCAUUUCCCGAGGCUCCGAGAACUGAAGGUGAGAUGGGACUACGGGAUGGAAGAGCUUCCUAGUGAGCUAGGAGAUAUCAACACCCUGCAGUUGAUUCGGCUGGAGCUUGUUUCAGAAUCACUUAAGGAAUCUGCUAAAAGAAUUGCAGAGUAUCAACGGGAUAUGGGGAAUGAUGAUUUUAAGGUUGAGGUUUUUGAGUAA